AGAGAAUUCAACUCGAGUGGGUUCGAGUUACGCCUAACUCGAGUUGGCAUCGCUAGUUGACAGCACCGGUUGGUAUACUAUCGAGAUCGAGAUAUGACAUGAAGCGAUAAUUACUUAAUUCACAUUUCAAGAGACCGUUUUAUUAAUUACUGUGAUAUGUAAAUCUACAUGGAGUUUUUUAACAAAAAUGGAUUGUUCUUUUGUAGACAUCACUACUGAAUUUCUCGCUGUUGCAUUUCAUACAAUUUUGUAUUAUUCUCAUAUUUAUCCCAACAGUAUUUUUGAAACGAGACGAAAAUAUAAUGUUGUUGUAUACAAUUGUAUUCAUCCCGAAGUGAGCCAGUACAUAAGUUUAUGUCUGAAGUCUGUAAGAGAAUGUCUCAAGAGUGGACAAUUGAGACGUGUAGUUUUUGCUAUUACAAACGAUGCUUAUGAACCAGUGAUAAAAUUUGUCUUUGAUGUUUUUAAGUCUGAUCAUUUUGAUGAAACAAAUGAUGCAUAUUUAAUUCAGACUGAGCAAAAUUUACGAGCAUUUUGUCUUCACUUAUCAUCGAAUGUUGACAAAUUAAAAUGUUUACCAGAUGAUUGCAGUUUUACUGUUUAUAUCCAUACAAAUGAAACUAUGGCAGUAUCUUUAUCUGUGGCUCCAGACUCUGAAGAAUUUCCUUUAGUUGAAAUUUGUGAAAUUAACAAGGAGAAUGAAGCUAUAAUUCCAUUAAGAAGUUUUAGUAUCAGAAAUCAUUCUAUAGAAAGUUAUAUUGAACUCUAAUGUUUUUUGUUUAGAUCAGUGUAGUAUCAAAAAGAAAAAGAAAUAUAUAUAUAUAUAUAUAACUCAAAAAAAGUUUAAACAAAAGUAAAAAUAAGAAAAAACUUAUGCUUUAUCAAAUUCUAUUAAAAAGGUUUUAUAAUAUUUUGGUUUUUAUUGUAGAUAAGAAAUACUUUAAAUAUAACAAAUUAAUAUAGAAUUUUGUGGAAAGGUUACCUGUCAGUAAUAAUAACCCACA